GAUCCACAUUCCAGGGUUAUUCUGAAGACUAAGAAAUCAAAUGACCCGCUCAGCAGUUACAUUAACGCCAACUACAUACGAGGCUAUCUUGGAGAUGAGAAGGCCUUCAUUGCCACUCAGGGUCCAAUGAUCAACACGGUGAAUGACUUCUGGCAAAUGGCUUGGCAAGAGGACUGCCCUGUCAUUGUCAUGAUUACUAAAUUGAAAGAGAAAAAUGAAAAAUGUGUUCUGUACUGGCCUGAGAAGAGGGGGAUCUAUGGGAAAGUGGAGGUCUUCGUUAAUAAUGUUAAAGAAUGUGACCACUAUAUAAUCCGCUCCCUUAUACUAAAGAAUGGAGGCCAGAGUCGUAAAGUGCAGCACUACUGGUAUACCUCAUGGCCGGACCAAAAGACCCCAGAGAGUGCUGGACCCCUGCUGCAGUUAGUCAACGAUGUUGAGCAGGACAGGAGGGGCUUUACAUCCUGUGGGCCGAUUAUUGUACACUGCAGUGCUGGAAUUGGUCGGACAGGGUGUUUCAUGGCUACAACAAUUGGUUGUCGUCAGUUGGAGCUGGAGGGAGUUGUGGAUGUGCUGGGAAUUGUGUGCCAACUUAGGACAGACAGGGGUGGUAUGAUCCAGACCGAGGAACAAUAUGAAUUUGUGCACCAUGCCUUGAGUCUCUAUGAAAGCCGCCUUCCUGCAGAGCCUGGACAAUGAAUUUGAACUCCUAGAGGAGCUUCAGUUUUCUCACCGAGAGAUCUGCUAUUGCUAUGAAGUUUCUAAAUCAAGAGAGAAGGCGCCAGAUCGUGUUCGUGAAGAAGGAUUUUUGUGCUUGUCAAGGCAAGGGUUGCACACAUCUGAUGUUGUCUGGAAGCCGGUGUUGUCGGCAAAUGUAUUAGUUGUCAUAACUUUUCAAUAGCCUCUGUCAUGCUUUUCAAGGCUGUCAAAUGGUUUUGCCACUAGUGUUAAAGUGUAUCAGUGUCAUUGUACAAGAUAUAGUUCCACUAAAUAAUGCACAAUAUACACAGCAUAAAGACUAUCAGUUUUCCUUCAUUUUUUUCCCUGAUUAUAGGUUUUAAAACCGUGGGCAUUUUAAAAAUUACUUAUUAUACUAAUUAUUGUCUUUAUGCUGCAGAAUAAAUGAGGUAUUAAUAUUCUGUGUAUAAUAGUAUGAUCGUGUUUUAUCAAAAUACUUUUUUUUUUCAUUUUUGUACCAAUUUAUUAACAGUUUAAGAGCAUAUUCUUAUGCUGAUGCAGAACACAAUUUUGAAAUAUUCUGUUUCCUGUUCCUGCUGCAUAAUCUACAUCUGCAAGUUCAAAGUCUGAAUUGAUUUUUAUGAGAGAGAAAGACUAUGACUCAACAUUUAUAUUGCAUUGUCAUCACUGUAAUGCACAACAACAAACCAACAGCAAAACAGCAAAUGGCUCUUAUGAGUGGGUUCUUUUAAAUAACAAACAAAUAUGGAAUUCAGGAUUUUUCGGUUUACAGACAGUCUAUUAAUCAGUCUAGAGACUCACUAAAUCUGUCACCGAUUGCGGAACCAAAAUUAUUAAGUGGAUUAAAAUGUAAUUAAAAAAAAUCUUAUUAUUAGGGAAAAGAAUCAUAAUAAAAUUAAUAAAUAUAUAUAAAGAAAUAACAACAACAAAAGAAAAUACAUUUGAGGAAAUUAUGUAAUUAUAUAAUAUAGCUAAAUUUUAGGAGAUUGUAUUUGUAUCUAGUGGUAAUAUUAUUCUAGUGACUUAUUAAAUAUUAGUGUUUGAAUAUUUCCCCCCAAAUGCAUACAUUUGUUGUGUAAUGUAUUCCGGGACCACAUGCGUUUUGCUGCUAAUACUGCAAUUGUUAAUGGCUUUAGGAAUUAAUUAUGUUGUAUGAGAGUGAAUAUUUUUUAAAACAUUUAUUUUCUAUUGUAUUUAUUAUAAUACAAAUUAUUGUUAUUAUAACCUGAUACUUUUAUAAACUAUGGUUAUUGUCAUUGUGCACUGUUACGCAAUAUAUUUUCCACUAUGUGGGCUUAAUGUUAGGCAGUCAGUGACUUUUUCCUAUUUAUCCUUUAUGAAGAUGAAUGUGAAUACUCUCAAUAAUAAACAAUCCAUCAUAACCACAAUUACAGUAUUAUAAUCUGCACAUAUGGAUGCCUCAGACAGUAAGGGUUGCAGUAUAAGCAACCCAAACUGAUGAUCUGAGCUGUUUUAUAUGAAUCUUUGGUGGUGGUAGAAUUAAUUAGUCUCGUAUAAUGGGAUGUAUAUUAUAAAUGCAUAACUUGGUCCCGAUAAUCCUUUAGAAGUUAUUCGUCAGUGCUAUACUACUAUACUUUCCACUUAUAGUGUGUUUGGUCCUAUAACAAUAUUCAACCCUCACCUAAAGCCAUAAUAUCUCAUGUUUACAUUUUUGGCACUGCAAGUUUUGAUUUAUAUAUGUUAAAAUAUGCUUAUUCUGUUAAGUGUUUUUGUAAAUAAAUAAGUGAAACUGCCGAGUCAGAAAGCAUAGAGAAACUAUGAUAAUGAUAUGACUACUGCCAAUAAAUUAACCCUGUUAUCAUGUCUGGAUCAGGGUUUUGUUCCUUA